GGCUCGCAGAAGCCGGUGUCAGCAGUCUGACAGCAGCAAACUGUGGAUUUAAAGUUUUAGCGUCAUGUUUGUCUCUCUGUCUGCUCUUGGAUUUGAUCACAGGAGGUAGUCGGAGCUGGCCGCUGCUGCUGUCCGUUGGAGGAAGAGGAAGAGGAAGGAGCUGAUGAAGAUGAGGAGGAUGAUGACAUGCAGUUAGCUGCCUGCCCGCCUGCCUGGCUGACGGACGGGUCGGAGCCUCCCGGCUGACCGAGCGCUGCCCAGCCCGCCGGAGGAGCGCAGGAUCCGGGCUGAGAGGCUCCAGCAUGCCGCGGAGGAAGCAGUCCCACCCGCAGCCGCUGAAAGCCGAGUCGGUGGAUGGGGCGGCGCCGUGCGAGCCCAGCUGCCCGGUCCUGGAGAGCGACUUCCUGCUGAACGGAGAGCUGGAGUUCGGGUCGUCGGAGAUGGCGGGGCUGGACAGAGACGGAGGAGUGACGGUGUUCUCUCUGAGCGCGGAGGACGACGAGCCCUCGGCUCCUACGGCCGCCGCCUUCCCCGCCUUGCUGUCCUGUAAAGGCUGCGGCCAGCUGCUGGGGGACACUCCUCUGGGGGCCGGACUGGGCCUCGGUGUGGGCUUGGACCUGGGGGCGGAGCUCUACUGUCUCAGCUGCGAGGAGAAGCAGCAGAACUCCGCCUCCACCCCCUCCCCUCAGGGGGACCCCUCUCAUCCCUCCACCAGGAAGAAGAAACCCGUCAGUAAAGACGGCGUCCCCUCCAAGCUGUUCUCCUGCUCUCUGUGCACCUUCACCUCGCGCUACUCCAACCACCUGAAGCGCCACAUGAGGAUCCACGACGGCCAGAAGCCGUACCGCUGCCCCGUCUGCUCCUACGCAUCCGCCCAGCUGGUCAACCUGCAGCGCCACCUGCGCACCCACACCGGGGAGAAACCCUACCGCUGCCCGCAGUGCAGCUACGCCUGCAGUUCCCUGGGCAACCUGCGGAGGCACCAGCGCAUGCACACGCAGGAGAAGGAGAAGAAAUGGGGGAGGAGGAGGACAAAAGGUGGAAGUGAAGGAGAGCUCACCCUCAGGGUGUCCCAGGACUCCUCCUACCUGCGGACCCUGGGGGGCCUGGGCGCUCCCUCGGGGCCCCUCCCGGUGCUCCUCUUCCCCCUGUGCUGCCGGCUGUGUGGCCUCACCCUGGAGGAGGCUGACCUGGACGGGGAGAAAGACGGAGGGGAGGCGGAGGGGGAGGGGGGACAGGUGAGAGCAAGAUCUUUAAUCUCUUGUAUCCAUAGCAACAGCAAACAGCCAAAGUUCCCGCUCCUCUUUCAGGUGUGCCGUCGCUGCAAAGACGGGCCCCCCAGGCGUGGGCGGAGGGGCUCCAAGCUCUACCGCUGCCCCCACUGCCCCUUCCUGUCCCACUACCCCAACCACCUGAGCCGCCACUCCCACACCCACUGUGAGGAGAAGCCCCACCGCUGCCCCCACUGCUCCUACACCUCCUCCCACCCUGACAACCUCAAGCGCCACAUGCGCGUGCACACCGGCGAGAAGCCCUACCAGUGCCCGUCGUGCAGCUACGCCUGCGGCAACCUGGCCAACCUGCGGCGCCACCAGCGCAUCCACUCGGGGGCCAAGCCCUUCCGCUGCGGCGUGUGCGGCUACCGCUGCAACCAGAGCAUGAACCUGAAGAGGCACGCUCUGAGGCACACGGGGGAGAAACCGUACGCCUGCGCCGAGUGCGGCUACACCACGGGCCACUGGGACAACUACAAACGCCACCAGAGGAAGCACGGACACCACACGGACAGCUGGGAAAAGCCGGCCCCCCAGAGCCCGGGGCCGCAGCGGGACGAGCCCUAGAAGGAGACAUCUGACCCUACAAUAUGACGGAGACAAUCAGGAUUCACAGUUU